UGAGGAUUCCCCACUCCGGUCUUAUGAUAACCCAAUGCUUCGGCAUUGGGGGACUACCACAUGGGGCGAUGUGGGUUCGAAUCCUGCUCGCUGCGAUGGUUUCCUUUUUGCUACUUGAUGAAAGUUGGUGGUACGUUUUGCCUGUCUCGAGGUAUGCUAAGAGCGGGUGUCAAGUCACGGCAGAUGAAGAGAGUUGAUGAUCACGUCUUGAAGUAUGGGAGAUGGAGAUGCAGUCGAUGGUAUUAUGUGUUGUGGACCUCUCUUAUUACCCUCUCUUAUCGUUGAUGAUGGGUGCCAGCGAGGGUCUGUCUGGUUGUCGAACCGGAAUCAGACAAUGCUAGCAUAAAACGCUCCAGGUCAAAACUGUCUUGAGGGAUAGUAGGGCUCAGUAAUUCGCUGUCUU